AAUAAAUAAAUUAGUCAGAGUUUUGCAAUUUGUAUAAUUUUUGAGGUUUCAGACCUUUUGCAGUUUUUCUCUAAUACUUCUACACAGUUGUUCAUCCCCCUCCUCCAUUGUUUAUUCGAAGCAAAUUUUCAGUCUUUAAACCCUAAACGAGCAUAUAAAAUUUUAAAACAAAAAAUCCAACCUUUGGUUCCUGGUUUUUGCAAUUUGUUUAACAUGGUUUAAUUUCUGCUACAAAAAUAAAUAUUCGAAAGUGGUAUGAUUGGUUAUGUUUUCUGAUGACCCUUUGAAGUUUUUUAGUUGAUCUAAUCAGUAACGUUUCUGCAAAUUUAUUAUAUGGGUUUUAACUUUUAAGUCUUUACUAGUGUUUAAGGUAGUGUUAUGAAGUUGAUAAAUCUGUCUUAUUGUGUGAAUAUUUUAUGAUCAUUUGAUAUCUGUGGCCUACUUAUGAAGUAGUUGUAUAUUGGUGAUGUUGCUAGCCCCUUAUAUUCAACUUCUUUUGCCAAAUUGCCAUCUGCAUUUAUUCUUUUUUAGUUCUCCUUUGUUAUUUUGGAUUUAGUUUUCUAAAUAUCCUGUAUUGUUAUUUCUUGUUAUCAGUGCUUCUUACAUCUUCUCUUUAGUCGAGGGUCUUCCGGAAAUAGCCUAUCUGCCCUUCCAGGUAGGAGUAAGGCUGCGUACAUCCUAUCCUCCCCAGAUCUCACUUCCGGAAUACACUGGAUGUUGUUGUUGUAAUUCUCUUUUUGCAGUUGUUAGUGAAAAAACAGCUUCUUGAACAUAUCCUUCUCCUUAAUUUUAUCCCUUUCUUGUAAGACGGCAAAAUAUAAAUCAAUACAUGAAAUCUAUCUGCAGCCAGAUGGGUGAUGCUAUCCCUCUAUGUGCCUCUCCCUGUGGCAAUGCGACGGUUUCCUAUCAGAAGGGCACGCAGAGCUUGAAGGUCGUGGUUUCAAUUUACAAGAAGAUUAGGCUUCCAGAGGCAUUUGGUGGUCAAUCAGAUGGGGGUCUUGUAAGGCUUGAAGACAUAUGGUGGCUUAUUUAUAGUUACUUUUCCUUCUUGUGUAUAGUCGCUGCCCUCCUGAAUUUAGAACUUGUUCCGGGAAUUUUCACGUUCCUUUUCAUGAUGGGUGGCUUUAUAAUUCAUUUUACUGCGCAGUAUUCUGUUGUUUAUUGGCAUCGCGACAUGCCUUUCCAGAUAAUUGGUGCCAAGGCAAAAUUUAUGAUCGAGGUCAUUCCUGUGAUGACUGCAGCAGUCCUGCAUCACCUUUUGGAGUUCAAUUAUGGGUAUCUCGCUCUAUUACUAGGUUGCACCACAUAUUUCUAUGUGUUUGGUCACUUCAUGCACGUAUCAUAUGAUAUUGUGGAAAAAGACUUAUUGCUGGAAUUAGUAAUGCAAGUUCUUGUUUACAUGGUGGACGGAGAAUUGUUAGUUAGAGCUUUGGCUUUGACCUUCUGCGUUGGUUUAUGCUUCUAUAGAUACAUGAUAUAUUGUGCUUCCGAAGUACCCGAACAUCCUAAAAAGGAGUUGGAGCGGCUGCCUGUCUGAUUUGAAGGUGUCCGUAGUGUAAUGGUAAUGUUGUGUGACCUAUAGGUCAUGGGUUCGAGCCGUGGAAUCAGUCAUUGAUGUUUGCAUUAGGUUAAGCUGUUACAUCACACACCAUUGGGGUGCGGCCCUUCCCCGACCUUGCAUGAAUGUGGGAUGCUUCGUGCACCGAGCUGUUUUUUUAUUUUAGAGCUUAUAUUUGUACUCUUAUCAUUGUGUAACCCGUAUCAAUUGUACGUCAAUGGAGAAAAGGAAAAACAUUUAGAUACAGUUUCCAUCA